UCUAUACCCCGGAAGUCCCGCCUCUAGACCCGGGAGUACCACCUCUAGACCCCGGAAAUCCCGCCUCUAGACCUGGAAGUACCACCUCUAGACCUGGAAGUACCACCUCUAGACCCCGGAAGCAGUACCCCACCUGACAGGAAGGGCCUAGCAGGGUCCCGCCUGCCCCUGUGGACCAAUAGGAAAGAGUUUUGAGUUUAUGGGGUGCUAGGGUGGAAAAUUGGGGGGCAGACCAGCCCCCUGCUCCCUAGAAGAGCCUAGCUGGUUCAUGUGACCCCUCAUUUCGCUCCCCUGAACCCCCAGAAAUGGUUUUUGACGGCCCUAGCCCCCUGUCUCUGUAUAGGUCCCCUGAGGGGCUCAUGUGACGCUGCUAUGCACGCGUCAUGACUGGACCUACCUCCUGGAUGUUGUUUAAAUGCGCCAAUGAGCGGUGAGAUGGCAGGGGAGCCUGGUCUUUAAAUGGAAGAGCAGCAGGACGAUCACAGCUUCUUCUGCGGCUGUUCUUGCUGGGCUAGCAGCGCUGUUGAGGGAGCAGAGCCUGUUUACGAGAAAAUGAAUACGCCGGAGCCAUACAGAACUGAAGCUGUGGAAGAAAUGCGAGCUUCUUGCGAAGAACCCCGCAAAGAAGAUGCACAAUGUAGAGAGCUUUCGAGAUUUGACUUUCCAGAGUGCAUUAUUCACUUAGUACAAGGGGUAAGUGCAUGGGGAAGGGGGAGAAGGGAAAGAAUCAGACCCAGAGGUGGCAGAAAAACAAGCAGGCCUUUUUCUUUUUUGUAGCUGCAGGAUAAAGAAGUACCGUGGCGGGUGUUUUCAGAAAUAGUUGAAGCAGCUCACACAGAAGUUUACCCGGAGUGUUGUGAUCACUGCUUUGAAGUAGCAUAUCGACAAAAAUUCGGAUGCCUGGGACGUGGUGUAAUGUAUUGGCAAAAAUUCAAAUGCAUGCAGCCUGAACAACCCGGUGACGAUCCGGAUGCUAGAUUUGACAGACCCGAGUGCGUGCGUUUUUUAGUACAGGGGCUAGAUGAUUAUGAAGUGGAUUGGGAGGUGUUUUCCGAAAUAGUCAAAGCGGCGCACACAGAAGUGUACCCAGAGUGCUGUCCGUACUGUGAAGAAAUAGCAGAUUGGCAAAAAUGCGGUUGCCUGAGAUGUGAGGAGGAGGAGACGGCUGAGGGAGCGAAAAGCAUAAGAGGGGAUGAGCAUGUGACAGACCAGAAAGUGGAGCCCAUUUAUGAAGAAAUGCAGAGUGUACACGGUAUCCAAGAGCGACCAGAAGUGCAUGAGGAAGACGUCACAGUACCAGGACUGCUGAAACAAAAAGUGUCGCAGUGCAUACAGACUCUCUACCCUAAUGAGAGUAUUGAGACUAGGGGAAAGGGGAAAAUGGAAACAGGGUAUAGCAUACUGGGCGGCUGUUUUUAUUUUGCAGAUGGCGGAGCUGAACUAUGUAGCGGUGGCUGAGGAGGUCAAGGAGAACAAGUUUGAUCCUGACUGUUGCAGAUUUUGCAACCACAUAGCAUAUUGUCAAGAAGUCCCCUAUGAUGAAGAUGAUGAGGGUGCCAGAGCAGAUUGUGAGGACUCAGGGGAUGAACCAGAGGAUGCUGUCCCCAUAGAGGUUGGGGAAAUAGAUCCAACAUUGGAUGUUUCUGAUAGUGCAAAAGCGACAGACCCGGUGAAAGAAGGCGUAAAGCCGCGCAUUCAAUACCUGGUCCCAGAUCCAACAGAUGUGCUGAUCGAGUGUGCUCUACUGGAUGAGGUGCUAGCGAGAGGCCCGGUUGGGGAUGGUCCGGUCAGCUUUGAGUAUGAGCAUCCCCCAAAGCCCCGUGUAGGGAAGAAGCUGAAAAAGAGGAGACCUAAGACGGAUUACUGCAGUGAUACCUGUUGUGAUUCUGAUUAUGUAGAUGACUCGGACAGACCGCGCCUGGACUUCUGUCAUUAUAGUUGCUGCAACUCUUCUGAUGAGUGGUCGUUAACAGAAACUGAUGAUAAUAGCGAUAUUGAGAGUGAAAAUGUCGAGCAGGGGGUGCAAACUGAUGGUGUCGCACCCAAGGUGCCCCCAGUCCCCACUCUACUGAAUGAGGAGACAAUGUGGGGCCCUGCUGGGGAUAGCAUAGAGAGCUCUAAAGAUGAGCAUUACCCACAGCCCUCUGUAGGGAAGAAGCUGAAAAAGAGGAGACCUCUGCUGAGUUACUGCUAUGAAAAUUGCUGCUAUUCUAACAGCUCAGAUGAUGAGUGGAGACCAUAUGCGCCAUACUGUAAUCUUAGUUGCUGCAAGUCUUCUGAUGAAUGGUCGAUAACUGAAACCGAUGACAGUGAUUUUGAGCCUUUAGGAACACCAGGGGGGAGAAAAGGAGAUCCCGAGUUGCGGGCUGAUGGAGCAGCACCCGAGACUAUGACCAGAGAAGGAAAUUGAAGGGGGGGGUGGAGUUGUGGUUGAAAGCCCACAAUCUGUACACACUUUAAUAAAAUGCCUUUUCCCAGUGUAAAAGCGUUGAGUCGGUUCAUGAUGCCUCAAGAGACGGUAUUAAAAGGGAUUUACUAUAAUCCGGGGGGAGCAGGUAGCUUUGGGGGAGCAGAAUCU